CUGUUUUCUCUCCCAGCAGUGUGUCAGUGUGCUGCCAGUCUGAGAGCUGGAGAGACACUCAGACGUCGGAGGAAUCUUCAAAAGAAAACUUUGCCUGCAACUUUCUUCUGUUUGUUCCUCCUGUGGAUGCUCAGAGACCCUCCGGAGACCCACGUUUUCUUUUCUAAUUUCCUUUUUCAGGGUGGAGUUAUUGAGAUUAAGAGGUGUAAUGCUUCUGUUCUACGUCCUGACUCUAGCUGCCUCCAUCCAAGCCAACCACCAGCUGCUGCCAGGUUCCUGCAGCUUUGAGUCCAACACCUGCGGAUACACGUCAGAUGCAGCCUUCAGCAGCUGGACGCUGCACAGAGAUGGGCGUUUUGUUGCGGUGGAAGCGGCCGUGAGCGAGGAGCAGGGCGGGGAGGUGGGUGUCGGCCCACAGAGAGAAGCCACGGCGGUCCUGGUCAGCCCGGGCCUGGAGCAGGCCGACUGGAGCUGCCUCAGGCUGGUCUACCAGAUCAUCGGCUCCGGCAGCCUGGAGGUCCUGCAGCGCCAGGAGGGGCGGAGCUUCGACCGGCCGCUGUGGAGCAGCCAGGAGCCCUCCGACAGCUGGGUCAUCUCCUCCAUGGACCUGCCCAACAACACCGAGCCCGCCAGGGUUGUCAUCGAAGGUAAACCCGGAGAGAGCGCUGGCAGCAGCGUGGCCGUCUUUGAGAUCCACAUCAGCCCUGGAUACUGCCUGGAGUGUGAUUUUGAGGAGUCUCACCUGUGUGGCUACAGUAACCAGUGGAACGCCAACGUCAACUGGUAUGUGGGAGGAGGAGGAGCAGGAGGAGCAGGAGGAGCCCAGCUGCUCCACAACAACAUCCCACAUGACCACACCCACAACAGCAAGACAGGUCACCUGAUGUACGUGGACUCGGUCUACGCCAGGACUUUUAAAGAGGUCGCCAAGCUGGUGUCUCCCAUGACGACGGUGGCGAUGUCCGGCUGCCUGAGUUUCCAGUACCAGAGGAGCCAGGAGGGAGGGUCCCUGUUCUCGGUCUACACCAGAGACCAGCUGGGUCAGUACCAGGAGCUGUGGAGGGACCACACACAGAACCAGAGCCACUGGGUCGGGGCCCCAGAAGAAUGGAUCCCUGUCCAGGUGGACCUGAGGGCCCCAUACUCUGUCCAGGUGGUCUUUGAAGUGUCCUUUAACAGUCCCAGAGGAGGACGUGUUGCGGUUGAUGACAUUUCCUUUUCUCCAGAGUUUUGCAGUAAAGACACUGAGCCGACCUUUGACCCCUCCGUCUCCAGCUGUGACUUUGAGUCUGGUUUCUGCAGCUUCGUCCAGGAUCAGCUGGUCCUGUCGUCCUGGAGGAGAGUCUCCGUGAAGCCCAACAUCUUCAGGAACGGAGACCACACCAGCGGAGCAGGGUACUUCCUGUUGGCCCACUCCAGGCCGGGUCCUCGCUCCGGGUACGCCAGCCGCCUGGCCGGCCCCACGCUGCCCGCAAACAUGAAGUUCUGCCUCCGAUUCUACUUCUCCCUCAGAGGUUUCAACCAGACGGACCAGGCUCUGGCUGUGUAUCUGCAGCAGCAGAGCGGCAGCCAGGAGAAGAUCUGGACUCAGGGGGAGAAGUCCAGAGGGAUCUGGAUCUCCACCGACGUCACCUUCCAGACGGCAGCGCCCGCCAAGGUGGUGUUCGUCAGCACCUGCAGGAGUUUCUGGGACUGUGGCUCUGUGGCGCUAGACGACAUCAGUCUGAGUCUGGGAGACUGUGAGCUGACAGCAGGUUCGUUGCUGUCGUCUCUCCCAGGAAACUGUGAUUUUGAAGCCGGUCUGUGCGGCUACAUGCAGGACAAGCAGGACGGAGCCGAGUGGGAGUGGAGGCGAGGCCCCACCCCGACCUCGUACACCGGGCCCCGAGGAGACCACACCACGGGACUCGGAUACUACCUGUACCUGGAGGCGUCCCCGCUGCUGUCGGGUCAGAGUGUCCGGCUGCUGUCCCGGCCCCUGAGGGGCUCCAGGGGCCCUCAGUGUCUGCGCUUCUACUACCACAUGUACGGCUCGGGGACGGGUCAGCUCAGCGUCCGUCUCCACGACGACGGAGACGACGUGUUGCUGUGGCAACUGAGCGGCGAGCAGAGCAUCGCCUGGCUGAGGGCGGCGGUGGAGUACCGCAGCGACCGCCAGCAUCAGGCAAGAAAACAAUAA